ACUGGGGAGAGGCCGUAUGACUGCAAGCAGUGUGGGAAUAGCUUCAGGACUCGCUCAUGUCUACUUCGGCACAUUCGGACCCACACCGGGCAGAGACCGUAUGAGUGCAAGCAGUGUGGGAAAAGCUUCAGCACUAGCUCGAAUCUGCAUAAGCACAACCGGACCCACACCGGGGAGAGACCAUAUGACUGCAAGCAAUGUGGGAAAACCUUCAAGACUUGCUCAGCGUUGUGUAGGCAUAGGACCCACACUGGGGAGAGAUCUUAUGUCUGCGAGCAAUGUGGGAGAAGCUUCAAGACUUGCUCAGCGUUAUAUAGUCACAGCCGGACCCACACCAGGGAGAGGCCGUAUGACUGCGAGCAGUGUGGGAAAAGCUUCAGUACUCGCUCGGGCCUGUGUAAUCACAGCCGGACCCACACCGGGGAGAGGCUGUAUGACUGCGAGCAGUGUGGGAAAAGCUUCAGAACUCGCUCAUGUCUACUUCGGCACGUUCGGACCCACACCGGGGAGAGACCGUAUGAGUGCAAGCAGUGUGGGAAAAGCUUCAGCACUAGCUUGAAGCUGCAUAAUCAUAGCCUGUCCCAUACCGGGGAGAAUCUGGGCUUCGAAGAAAAUCGUUUUUCUGCCUUUCCGUCCCCGCGCGAGAUUGACCCCGGAGGCAACUGA